CGUACCGAUCAGUCUUCCUGAAAACAACUAACUGUGAAGGUGAAAUGUUUUCUCAUCUUAACUUACUCCUGGCGGUGCUGUUCGUCACUUCGAUACAAAGUUCGGGCUUUGCAUCUAUGGAUCAUGGUACGGACAAAAGUAGGGUAUGGGUUAAAAGGAUUGUUACCUCUUCACGACGGCCAUGGAUAGAAGGUUUCAAAUCAGUUGUCCAAACCUCUGAGUCUUCCUGUGCGGAUGAAGUCGCGGUGUUGAUAAAAGCCAUCGAAUCCGGCCAAGAAUGGGCUUUGCAAAUGCUGGAUGCCUCGUCGAGUUUUCAGUCGGGACUUAUGAGAGGAAACUUUAGAGAUGUCGGAAUGUACGACGAGUGUGUCGAAGUCAAUGAGCGAUACAACAACUUCAGUAUCCGGGGUAAGCACUGCACGGUUUCGCUCGGUUCGAUGUCUCCCACGUCACCUGCGGUUGAUGGUAUGGAUUAUCUUCGUAUUUUCUCAUCGCUUUGUGUUCCAUCGGCGUGCAAUGAGACUCAUGUUGAGCAGAUAAUUAAUGCCACAAUCAUGAACACACCGGCUAUCAGCGAUCUAGAAUUUGAAGUUAGUAAAGCGUCCUGUGCGCAAGUGGGAUCUGAUGAUUUGAAUGCUGGAGAAAUUUACACGAUAAUUUUUUUCUCGGCUGUUGUCGUGUUUAUGAUUGCUUGUACCAUCUGUGACAUUGCGAGAAGACUUAGGCCGACAGAAGCAUCUAGUUCAUUGGAUUCUUUGGCGAAAUUCUCCCUCUAUACCAAUGCACUCGCUGUGUUAAGCACGAAAGUGAAACCUGAUACGCUGAGAUCGGUCCAAGGUCUCAGAGUUCUAAGUAUGUGCUGGGUUAUACUGGGUCAUGGAUUCCUCACUUUAUUCAUCAGGCUGGUUGUCAAUACGUUCGAAAUCGACGAUUGGUUGAAUUCAUGGACAUCUUUGUACAUUGAGGCGGCGCCAUUUGCUGUCGACACCUUCUUUCUAGUGAGCGGAUUUUUCACAGCUUACUUGCUUCUUAAAGCAAUGAAAUCGGGAAGGCGAAUUAAUUGGCCAAUGCUCUACCUUCGUCGUUACAUCAGACUCACGACAUCCUUAGCGGUCGUUAUGUUGUUCGUUUCGUUACUUGCACAUCGCGUUGCCAACGGCCCUCUAUGGAACACUUUGCUUAAUACAGGCAUACAAACUUGCCAAGAAAAUUGGUGGGUCAAUUUAUUGUACCUUCAAAACUUGGUGAAUGUGGAACGAUCGUGUUUACUGCACACCUGGUAUUUGGCUGCCGACAUGCAACUCUUUUGGAUAUCUCCAAUUAUUGUAUAUCCACUUCAUCGCUGGCCAAAAUAUGGAAUCCGAAUACUUGGUUUCUUCCUUCUUGCCUCGAUUGUCACACCACCCGUUGUUCUAGCUCUCAACGGUUACUCUAAUAGAAUAUGCACCAUGCGCGUGGAUCUGGGAAAAGCGGUCGUGAAUGACUUUUACAAGUUCUACAUGCCGACUUACAACCGAGCCGGCGCCUACUUCGUAGGAAUGCUCUUGGGUUACGACGUAGUGAAUAAGAAGAGGCAGUUAACGAAGGUGAACGUAUCGAUCAACUGGCUUAUAACCUUUGUUCUUCUCCUAUUUUGCGCGUGCGCUACUCAUCUUAACUACAGUGAUAAUUUUGCAUAUAACCGCGUAUUGGAAGCUGUAUUCGCCCUCACGUUACGUCCAUGCUGGUCGAUUGCCAUGGCUUGGGUCAUUUAUGCAUGUAUUCACGGAUAUGGAGGUUUCGUUAACAGAUUUUUGUCAUUGCCGCUCUUCUUGCCUCUGAGUCGGUUGUCAUAUUCCACAUAUUUGCUGCAUUUUUUGAUUCAAUCUGGAAGGAAUGCUGUCGCACGGACUCCAGUGGCGUUUUCAAAUUCUUUAAUUUUUUAUGAGUAUUUUGCUGAUUUGGCGCUUUCACUCAUCGUGGGUUUUAUCUUCACCUUAUUCUUCGAAUCUCCGAUGGUUGUGCUAGAAAAAAUGUUCGUUAAAACCAAAUCAGAGUCUAACCGAGUUACCCUGGUACAAGGUACGAACAAGGAACUGCAGGUCAAGGAACCAGGAAUUGUAAAAGAAUCAACAAAGGAGGACUGAUGUGCCGUUGUCUGUCUAGUGUUAUAUUUUUGGAAACAUUAUUUUGACAAUUGUUAGUAUUAAACAAUAGUUCUACACACCCUAGUUGUAGUUCUAUCCAAUUUCAAUUUUUCCGUGUUCAAAAAGUGUUAUGACAUAUAAGUAUCUGUAUCUGUACAUGAAUACGCGAGUAUGGAUUAUUUGUACUAAUAAGAAUUAUCCAUUAACUUGAAAUUUACGCAUCGAGCCGAUCGUGGUUAUAGUGAGCCUUUACGGACCGCGUC